UAUCUGAAACAAUGCUGCUCAUACCGUCCCUACAUUGGUGAGCUGCCCCCGUGUGCUGCUUUAGCAAAUACUUCAACUCAGACAGAAAACUUCUUCACCGCCGAGCUCUCCUCCUACCUCAGCUUCUCCCAGAAAUACAGAGCCACUUUGGAAUCUCAGAACAUGAAACCUUUGGAUCUUAGCUUGCCACAGAGAGCGAGGGGAGAGCAAGGGAAGACACUUGAGGUCUACAGAAAACACAAAGCAGAAAAACGUCUUGAGCAGAAUGCACCAGCGGCUAAGAAGGAACCCUCGAUCGAAGAAACUCCAAGCCCUCAGUCGGAAGCCGAAACCAAGUCGGCCAACACCACUACCUCCAGUGAGGACGACCACCACUGCCACGCUGGGAAGAAAGAUGCGAGCCAGGUCGGAGUGGUCCAGCUGAGACUCAACAAACCCUUCUUCUUCAAGACGAAGGGAGAGGGGCAGUCGCCUCGUCCAAUUUCGCCACUGAUGAAACUCACUCAGGGAAGAGAUAUAGAAUCCAAGAAGUGCCGUUCAGGAAGAAAAUGAUUAAGUUUGAGCUCAUCUCAUUUUGGUAGCUAGAGGGCUUAAAACAUCUAGAUUUCCCUCAGCAUGCUUGUGACAUGAGCUUAGGAGCCAUUGUUGUCAACAUUAAUUUAGCGGGUACUAUUGUUUUAACUUACACUAAGUGGUUAAAAAUCAGUUGCCUUUUGCAGUUCCAACCAUAAACUUUCUAUGAAUUUCUAGUUCAUUCUGUCAAUGUUACAUUUUCUGCAGUUAUUUUGUUACAUGCUUUGAAGUUUGAAAAAUUCUCUAACACCAAUUUUUAUAUUUGACAAAACUUACAUCAAACUGUAGUUCCUCGUUUUGUUAUGUGAGAAAAUUGCCUUUUAUCUAUUAAAGUUAAUUUAUUGAGAA